AUGCUUGCAGCCAGCACAAGGACCAGGCAGUUAAAUGUCACCUGUGACAGCUCAGUGGACAGGGAGGUCUUCCUCCAUUACUCCCUCAUCCCUUCACUGCUCAUCAUUUUGGUCUUGUCUUUCCUCCAAAGACGAGAGCAUCGUAGACAAAGAGACGGCACCUUCUACCUGCUGGGGGAUCACUUUGGAAUCAUCAUGCCUCUGGACUUCGUGGGGACUUUCAGCAACCGAUGGUCCUAUGGAGUUGCCUUUGGGGCCACAGCCAAUAAGGUCAUGUUCUUAUUCUCAGAAGGCUACCAGCCCCUGAUUGUUCCGCAGUGGGCCCAAGCCUUUGUGCUUCUCAUCGGGGGCAUAGAAGUCGGCCUGUCUUACUUUCCCUUCUUUGCCUGCCUGUCCUCAGAGUUCCGGCUGGUCAGCUCCAUCCUGGGCUUCAGCUACUCCCUGACCUGGUUUGUGGUGACCAUUCUUCAGAUCGCACAGUGUCCCCAUGGCCAGCUUCUAGGGAGGUUCGAGACCCUCAUUUUCUACUGGCCCUCGCUGAUGUGCCUGGGGUUCCUGCUCGGUCGCUUCCUGCACAUGUUCCUUAAGGCUCUGCCAAUCCGCCUGGGCCUGGAGCCACAGGCAGAAGAAAAGUCCCUGCUGGAGGCCCACCAGGCAGAGCACGUGAAGCGACUCCUCAGCAAGCCCCGCCCGCAAGAAAAAGGAAAGUCUUGGUUUCAGACCAGGGUGUAUGACUGGGACCCCUGCUUCCAGUUCCCCAGCAGGAUGAUUGGGACCCUCGUGCUGGCGUCCAUCUGCCUGUACCUUUUCAUUGUCAUCGAGUUCUGUGUGUUUCUACUUGUGAGAGACAAGUUGGACAUGUUUGAGGACCUGCUGCAGAGCUACCUCGCCCACAUGAACGAGACGGGGACCUCGGCCCCUGUCCUCCUACAAGUGAAAGAACUGAUCAGUGUCACUAAAGGAGUCUGGGUGGUGACCAUUUUUCCUGCCUCCCUCACGUGUGUCAGCUAUCUCUUCCACAUUUUGGCCUGUUACAGAAAGCACAUGAAGAGGCUGUGGGCUGGAGACAAAGACUUCCUCCCUCAGAACUUCCAGAGUCCGUCCUCAGCAGCCAGUGUGGUCGCCAUUGCAAGGUACUCAGGCUGGCAAAUAGCCUACAUCCUCUGGGGCUACCUCAUCAUCCAUGUGGUGCAGAGCCUUUGCGGUGUGAUGCUCAUGUACAGCCUGGUGCUACCCAUCCUCCACCACCAAGGCCUGGAGAUGCUGCGUGGGCUGGGCCUUGGGGUCCUCACCGUUUCCGUAGUCGUGGGCAUCAUGAUCCUGCAGGUGUGGAUUGCUGGCAGAUUCUUCCUGCAGCCCAAGCUGAGCGCGGCUGACAAGCAGAAGCCCCUGGCUCUCCAUAACAGGAGAGCGUUCCACAACUUCAACUACUUCCUGUUUUUCUACAACGUGCUGCUGGGCCUGGGUGCCUGCCUGGCCAGGCUGCUCAUCAGCUGCCUCCUGGGCACGUGGCUGAUUGCACGCAUUGACAGGACCAUCAUGCAGAGCGGCUACGAGCGUGCAGACAUGGGCUUCAGUGCAUGGGUUGGCAUGCUCUUUGUGGACCAUUAUCACACCAACCCUGUGCUGGUCAGCUUUUGCCACAUCCUAAUCACAAGCCACAGGGACCGGAAGCUGCAGAAGACCACGAAAUACUGGUACCUGAACCAGUCAGCAGGUCCCCGAUUCUCAGCCAGGGCCCAGACGAGGUGGCUCCUGCUGCAGACGCUGAUCAACAACCCCAGGCUCAUCACGCUUAGAAAAUCAAAAGCAGACCACAGUUCCCGAGAGUCCACACAGAGUCUGCCCACCUGCUCAGAUUGCUGAUUGGACCACCAGCUUCUGCUCCGAGGCUACGCCAUCUGCUGUGUGAGCAGGAGGCCCAAGGCAUUUGAUGAUGGUGUCACUGGGUGCAGGUGCUAAAAGAUGGUGGCACUAAUUCAAAAGACAUCAGUGCCAGGCUGGGAGGUGCGGGCAUUGUCCUUAGCAGAGCCCAGCACUUACCCAAACCUUCACACUCAAAAACGGCCUAGGACAAACACAGCCUGACUGCUGGAAAAGCGCUGUGAGGACCCAAGGUCUCGGAGCACUUGCGCCUGCUUGCUGUGCACCCUUGAUCCUAUUGGGGCACAUGCCAGGGCCCUCUCUUCUAGCUGAAUCUCUGCAAUAGCUCUUUGACAAUUUGAUUCUAGAAGCUGAGAAAAUGGAGCACACACACUACACACCACACACACACACCUUUCUACCUCUGGCUAAAAGACUUUGUCUCUGUUCACAGAUAUCUGUAUUUAAAAAGGGGCGCGACACCCCCUCCAGGUAUUAUCUUGAAAAUAAAAUUAUUCAAAGCACCCUGACAUCUUUAGGUGUGCCUGGCAGUCUAAACUCUCAAAGGCAGAGAUCUGACUUUGGUUGUCUCUGUGGUUUGAGUGUAGGCAGUGCCUUCCAAAAGCCCAGGCACCUGUUGACCUUGGUCCCUGGGACAGCAACAUGCAGAGGUAUGGGACCUUUGGGGAGUGGUGCUCGUAGGAGGUCCUUAAGUUUCUAGAGGUGUGACCCUGAAGGGUAUCAUGGGGCCCUGGUCUAUGUUUCUUUGCUGAUGGGAUGAGUAUUUUUACUCACUAGACAUUCCUACCAUGAUAUUCUCCUUAGAAGCCAAAAUCCAUGGGCCCCUCCAUCAUAGACUGCAGCCUCCAAAAGCAUGAGCCCAAAUAAAUCCUUUCUCUUCAUA